UAGCCCGCUGCCCUCAAUCCCGGCGAGGCUGGGGCUCCGGCUCGCGCCCCUCCCGCGCUCCCUCGUGCGGCGCCCCAUGCCGCCCCCGCCCGGGCCCCGGCCGCCCCAGUCCCCCACUUAGGCCGGCGCUGCGAUCCCGGGGCGCUGGAGCGUGGGCCGGGGGCGUAGGGCGCCUGCAGGCGGCCCCGGGAAGGGCUCUAGCGGGCUGAGCGCUCCGCGGCAGGGGCGCGGGCAGAGCAGGAAGCGGGUCCGCGUGGGAGCAGGGGGGCGGCCGCCACCGGGGUGGUCGGGGCCGGAUCGCCGGGGCAGCCGAGGCAGGCACGGCAGGGGGGUGAGCGACUUUGGGGGAGUUGGUGCCCCGCCCCCCCCAGGCCUUGGCGGGGUCAUGGGGGCCCCCCGUUCUGGGCCGGGGGGCGUGCGAGUCGGGGCCCUGCUGCUGCUCGGCGUUUUGGGGCUGGUGUCUGGGCUCAGCCUGGAGCCUGUCUACUGGAAUUCGGCGAAUAAGAGAUUCCAGGCAGAGGGGGGUUACGUGCUCUACCCUCAGAUCGGGGACCGGCUUGACCUUCUCUGCCCCCGGGCCCGGCCUCCUGGCCCCCACUCCUCUCCUAAUUACGAGUUCUACAAGUUGUACCUGGUAGGGGGUGCCCAGGGCCGGCGCUGCGAGGCCCCCCCUGCCCCAAACCUGCUUCUCACUUGUGACCGGCCGGACCUGGAUCUCCGCUUCACCAUCAAGUUCCAGGAGUACAGCCCUAACCUCUGGGGCCACGAGUUCCGCUCACACCACGAUUACUACAUCAUUGCCACGUCGGAUGGGACCCGGGAAGGCCUGGAGAGCUUGCAGGGAGGUGUAUGCCUCACUCGGGGCAUGAAGGUGCUUCUCCGAGUAGGACAGAGCCCCCGAGGAGGGGCUGCCCCCAGAAAGCCUGUGUCUGAGAUGCCCAUGGAGAGAGACCGGGGGGCAGCUCACAGCCUGGAGCCCGGGAAGGAGAACAUGCCAGGUGACCCCACCAGCAAUGCAACCUCCCGGGGUGCUGAAGGCCCCCUGCCCCCUCCCAGCAUGCCCGCGGUGGCCGGGGCCGCGGGGGGGCUGGCGCUGCUGUUGCUGGGCGUGGCAGGGGCUGGGGGCGCCAUGUGUUGGCGGAGACGGCGGGCCAAGCCUUCGGAGAGUCGCCACCCUGGUCCCGGCUCCUUCGGGAGGGGAGGGUCUCUGGGCCUGGGGGGUGGCGCUGUGAUGGGACCUCGGGAGGCCGAGCCUGGGGAGCUAGGGAUAGCUCUACGGGGUGGAGGGGCUGCAGACCCCCCGUUCUGUCCCCACUAUGAGAAGGUGAGUGGUGACUACGGGCACCCUGUGUACAUCGUGCAGGAUGGGCCCCCCCAGAGCCCUCCAAACAUCUACUACAAGGUAUGAGGGCUUCUCCUCCCCGGCUCUCCUGGAUCCAGCCCUCCUCGGGUGCUCCUCCGGUUUAAGUCACGGUUGGAGGGCCACCUCUGGCAUCUCCUCGGCCCCUCUGCGCCCCCCCCCCCCGCCCCCAGCUCCUGUGCUCCUGGCUGUUGUCGCCCUCUUCUCCACUCUUAGGAUUCCUUAAGACUCCUGCCCUCGGUUGGCCACGUGAGCCCCCUCUCCGUCUCUGUGCUCCUGGGUCCUCUUUCCUUGGGGAGGGGGCAGGGACUCAGCCUCCUCCCCUGACCGCGACCCGGCGAUCCCUGUGCCCCUCACACGCCGAGAGCCAGGGGCGGGAACAGUCUGUCUUUUGUGGCAUCCCUUCCUUUCUGCCUCUCACUGGUUUUCUCUUCUUGUCUCUUCUCUCUCUUAUUCUGUCUCUGUCUCUCUCUCUUCUGCCUCUAGGUCUGUUCCUCUUCCCUAGCACCCCCCUCCCUACGCCUCCUCUCGCCCUCUUGGCUUCUUUCCUCCGCCUCUCCCAUCUCCCCCCGGGUGGGGGUAUGUAAGCAUUCGGGCCCUCGGCCCCCUCUUCUGACCUCUCUCACCGACCCUCCCCUCAGUCUGCCAAAAACGGGGGCCUUCAUGGGGAAGGCUCUGGCACUCCACCCCGGCUCUCCGGGCGUGGGCAGCGGGGCCUCCUUCUCUGCCCUGCCCCGGGCCCCCACCUACGUCCUCCGGCCAUGUUGGGGUGGUUGGGUCACGACAGCCGCCAUGAGAAGAAGUGUCCUGUCUUGUCAGUGGCCCAUAGCAAGAUACGAACCGGCCGGGGCACGGCGUGGAUUUGGUCUGACGCCGAGCGGGCCACUGGGGACAGGAAGUGACUUGCUCCAGACGGGCAGUGGCAGAAGCAGUGCGG